AUAUAUAAUCCCUGCCCCACUUAGUAGACAACACCAUUGGCUAUAUGAGUAGGUUAGGUGUCUAUCAAGUGUCUAUAUUCUGAUAGUGUCCGCCUGUAGAAAUAAUGGAUACACCACCAGAAUACGAUGUUGCGGUUGAUUUGGAAACCAACGAGAAAGAUUCACCGCCAACCUAUGACUCUCUCUUUGGCAAAGUAAGGGCAGCAAAGAAUGAAUCACAGGGAAACGUGACCUUCGUGAAGAAGGUCAUGGUCAUCUUCUGUUCAUCAAUUGGCUGCACCAUAUGUAUUGCUUUGAUGAUGGCCAUCCCGGUAUCAAUGAUCGCCAUUGGGGUUCUCUAUCUGAAUUCCUGUAACAUCGAGAGGUUCAUUCCAAUCUACCUGAUCGUCGGAGGCUGCUUCGGUGUUCUGAAAAAUUUAUCGAAUCUCGUUCAGAAUAUUUGCAACAGGAAGCAGGAUAAAGAAGACGAGAAUGCCAAGACGAAUCCAUUUGAUGGGCUCGUUAGCUGCUUCUUAUUGGCCUGGUUUAUUGCGGGCAAUGUUUGGAUCUAUCGCGUUUACAACCAAGUCAACUACGAAAACGCCGCAAGUCCUAACUAUUGUCAUCCGACCCUUUAUCUCUACGCGUUCUGGGUGACCACAGCAAGUUAUAUCGUCCUCGCCUCGACAUGUUGUUGCGUCUGUUUUGUUGGCUGUGUCUCCUUGUGUUGUAGUCGGAAGUAAUACCCUAUUAAAGUAAACUCAUACUCAUGGAGGAAUCGCUGGGUGAAUAUUGCAACCUUGAAGGCCGCUGCUCCGAUGCCUGCCUCUCAGCCAGCUCCAUCACCCAAAAUCCGACCACAGAGUGAACAGCGUGCCUCUCAACCCAAAUAAGACGUACCCUCUUAGAAAUAAAGGUUUUUUAGCUCUUGAAAAAGCUUUAAUGGUUUUUUUGGCCAACACAAAUAUAUGCCGUCGAGGUUUUUCGGCGAAUAUCCUAUCGCUAAUAUUUUUCAUUUCUGCAAACCGUUUAAAACAUUUAAACCUCAUUUAGCUAGACUCAUGCAGUCCAUUUUGUCGUCCUGAUCGAUCGUCAUCCUAAUCGAGGCCGCUGGUCCACCGCGUCCGGAGUGUAUAUAUUCAGCUUAAUAUCACUGUAUCAGCAAGAUGAAUUUCCUUUUAUGUAUAACCUUACGAACCUUCUUAUUUGUAUAAAUGAUUUGUUUGUCAAGUACAAACUUGGAUGUACAUGUUACUAAUAUGACUUAUAUUCAUGUAAUAAAUCUAAUUAA